CUCUUGUCCCUUGUGAUUUUUUAAAGCUCUGCUGAAUUUGCUAAUAAGUUCUGAAUGUAAAGGACCAGAAGUGAAUUCCCUGGGGAGGCAGAAAGGGGAGUUAUGGAAAGUGAAAGAAAACUUCUUCCUGGAGGUGUUUCCAGCCCCACCGCCCUCCUCCCCACCCUGUUUCAUGGGAAUUUUCUCUGGCUGUGUGGACAAGCCUUAGGAAUUUGUAUGAAAUCAGGCAGUUCAGGGGUGCUGGCCCUGGGCACUUGGUGACUGUGAUGUUGCUGGGACAGGUGGAGCAGGCGACAACUACAUUCUCCUGACACUUGACCAACAUGAACUUCAAUAAAUGUCUCUAUAAUAUUGGGGAACAGCUGGGCAGUGAUGAGCUGGCCUCCCUCAAAUUCCUGAGCCUGGACUACAUCCCACAAAAGAAGCAAGAGCCUAUCAAAGAUGCCUUGAUGCUAUUCCAGAGACUCCAGGAAAAGAGAAUGUUGGAGGAAAGCAACUUGUCCUUCUUGAAGGAGCUGCUUUUCCGAAUUAAUAGACUGGACCUGCUGUUCAAGUACCUGCACACCAGCAGGGAAGAGAUGGAGCAGGAGCUUCAAACACCAGGCAGAGCCCAGAUCUCCCCCUACAGGGUCAUGCUUUUUCAGAUUUCAGAAGAUGUAACCACAUCGGAAUUGAGGUGUUUUAAGUUUCUUUUGAGCCAGGAGAUCUCCAGAUGUAAAGUGGAUGAUGAUAUGAACUUAUUUGAUAUUUUCAUAGAGAUGGAAAAGAGGGUCAUCCUCGGGGAAAACAAUUUGGACAUUCUGAAAAAAAUCUGUGACCAAAUCAACAAGAGCCUGCUGAAGAAAAUCACUGAUUAUGAAGAAUUAAGCAGAGAGGGAAGACUGAGCCUUCAAAGAAGUCAAGAUGACUUCUCAAAUGGGGGGGAAUCUCUGGCAAUGGUGGCAUUGUUGGACUCUCUAGAAGAACAGGACAAUGAGUCACAGACAUUGGACAAAGUUUACCGAAUGAAAAGCAAACCUCGAGGAUAUUGUUUGAUCUUUAAUAAUUAUGAUUUUAGCAGAGCACGGAAGGAUGUACCCAAACUUCAGAACAUUAAGGAUAGGAAUGGAACAGACUUUGAUGCAGAGGCUUUGAGUAAGACCUUUAGUGACCUUCAUUUCGAGAUUGUGAAUUUCAAAGACUCUACAGCAAAGACAAUCUGUGAGGUUCUGGAAACCUACCAAAAAAUGGACCAUAAUAACAAGGAUUGCUUCAUCUGCUGCAUCCUCUCCCAUGGAGACAAGGGCAUCAUUUAUGGCUCUGAUGGGCAGGAAGCCCCCAUCUAUGAGCUGACUUCUUACUUCACUGGUUCAAUGUGCCCUUCCCUUGCAGGCAAGCCCAAAAUCUUUUUUAUUCAGGCUUGUCAAGGGGAAAAGUACCAGAAAGGUAUAGCUGUUGAGACUGACUCUGAACAGAAAGAAGCCUAUUUAGAAAUGGACUCAUCACUUCAGAAGAGAUAUAUCCCAGAUGAAGCUGACUUUCUACUGGGAAUGGCCACUGUGAACAACUGUGUUUCCUACCGAAACCCCAUGGAGGGGACCUGGUAUAUCCAGUCGCUUUGCCAGAGCCUAAGAGAAAGAUGUCCUAAGGGUGAAGAUAUUCUUACCAUCCUUACCGACGUGAACUUUGAAGUGAGCAAUAAGGAUGACAAGAAAAACAUGGGAAAACAAAUGCCCCAACCUACUUUCACACUGAGGAAAAAACUCAUCUUCCCUCUUAAUUGAUGCUGACUAGUUGCACAACACUAUGCUUAAUUUAUUUGUUAGUCAAAUGCUGCUAUUGGCUUUUUUUUUUUUUUU